GCUGGAUUUUGGAAAAGUUCAAAUCAUUCGAGUUUUGUUCGCCGAAGGGUACAGUGAAAACUUGGAUCGCACGUUUAGGCUGAAGAGUGAUUGAAUUAGAACUGAUAGUGCAAAAUGAAACUCCUUAUUGGACUGUUGCUAGUUGGACUAGCUAUUGAAGGACGUGCACAGCUAACAUGUUUCGUUUGUGAUAACUGUGGGGAUCCGUUUGACCGUACUGGACACACGGCACAGACGUGUCCCCAGCCCGUGCCAACAAUUGUGACACCUCCACAUGAGGGAACCACCACGGCAAUCCCUCCAACUCCUCCGAAUCCCGAGGGACCAACUCUGACUCCUCCCCCAGUUGUACCUACUGUCGCGCCAGGCCCAACGCCAGCACCAGUACCCACUCCAGCGCCAGGACCAGGAGACGGACCUAUUCUUACUCCACCACCCCCAGUUGGUCGCAGGAAGAGACAAACCAAUCAGCUGUCUCACAGAUGUUUCGUCUUGACUCACAAUGGAGUCACCCGGCGAGGCUGUACCGCGCAUGGAACCGACUGGAUGGAAACCUGCCGGACCAACAACAACGGUCAGCAGCCCAACGAAUGUCGACUGUGCGACUGGGCCGAGUGCAACAGUGCCAGCGGGUUGACCGUGUCGAUCGUUACGCUAUCGGCUGCCCUACUGAUUGCCCUCAAAUUCUUCUAAUUUGACAAAUUGAAAUUAUACACCAAUCUCCCUCUAAGCGUGUGAUCGUUAUUAUAAGCAUCGAAAACCAAUCACUCAAAUGCUCAAGCAAUACGUUUGGCGAGCACUACGGCUGCACGAGUCUGCCGAAGCCUGGAUUAGUCAAAUAUCGAAACGAAUUUGUCACAAGGGGAAUCUAGCUAGGGUCAACCGUUGUAAUUUAUAAGAUAGUGUAAUAAAUUGUACCGCUAAUAACUUAUUGUAA